AUGGUGAACUUCACUGCUGAGGAAAAGGCUCUGGUCAAUGGCCUGUGGAGCAAGGUGAACGUGGAAGAUAUUGGUGGUGAAGCCCUGGGACGGCUUCUCGUUGUAUACCCAUGGACUCAGAGGUUCUUUGACAGCUUUGGGAACUUGUCCUCCGCCUCUGCCAUAAUGGGUAACCCGAGGGUCAAAGCCCAUGGCAAGAAGGUGCUGACUUCUCUUGGAGAAGCCAUUAAAAACCUAGACAACCUCAAGUCUGCCUUGGCUAAACUCAGUGAACUGCACUGUGACAAGCUACAUGUGGAUCCUGAGAACUUCAAGCUCCUGGGUAAUGUGCUGGUGAUCGUUUUGGCCAGUCACUUCGGCAAGGAAUUCACGCCCGAGGUGCAGGCUGCCUGGCAGAAGGUGGUGGCUGGGGUGGCCAAUGCUCUGUCCCACAAGUAUCACUGA